AUGGGGAAAUUUCUGCUGUGGGUUGGUAAGUCACUCCUGCAUUCUCAAGACCUGCCAACUGUUGAAACCAGAAUUUUUUAAAAAAACAUCCCUGGAAAGCUUUGCAUUAUGACUUUUUUCCCUAUUAAGUUUUGCAUUAAUACAAAAACUUUGCUAAAACAUUUGCUUAAGAGCAGAUUCAGUGGGUGAACAGUUUCUUUGUGGUCAGGGUCAUUUGAUGGCCCGAUAUGAGAUCAGGAAGUCUUAUUACUGGCAACUCACUUUCCCAAGUGGGAAUUUCAGAGGCACUUCUGAGUUUAGGUUUCUUUGGCUCAGAAAGCAUCAGUGCUUUGAUAGCAUUCAAUUCGUUCACAAAUAUAUAAGCAGCUCAUAGUGGCGCCGACAGGAAAGCUGCUCAUCUUGCACCAACCCCUCAAAGACAACAAUUGCACUCCAGGGAUAUCUCCACUUCAUCAAACACACAGUCUCCAAAUUCAAAAGGCCAAACUGUUUCUCUGUCAUCUCCCUUAGCAUUGGGGCAUGGGGAGGCGGGACACAAGAAGGAGCUUGGCAGCUGAUUCAGUGAAGGUUGCCUGGCCAGUGUAAGUACUGUAGUAGAGCUGGGAAUGUAUCACAACUUCAAGUCCUCCUACUGUUGGCCAUGGGAUAGGUUUUUAUUCUUAGAUAUAAUGCACUUUUGGCCUCUGGGUAGCUUUAUGGACACUGGGAAAACAUUAACAAUGGAAUGGAACCCUGCUCAUGGUGUUUCUCACUUGCUCUUUUUCUAUUAUUCUUAUUCUGUCAUUUUCUUUUGCAGGCCUGGCCAUUUUGCUGCACCUGCAGCUGGGUAAGCAGCUUAUUCAUUUUAUUUGUUUGUGUCCAUGUGGCUGCAUUAUGUAUGUGAAGAUGCAUCAAGACCUGAUUCCCACUAAUGGAAGGAACUGAACACUGAUAAAUAAAGGCACACCAAUGAAACAUUUACAAGAUGCCCCCUCCCCCCAAUUUCUCUAAAAUACAGAAAUAGGGGCACAGUAGGGACAAUGAUUUACUAGGAACAAGCAAGAGUACAGACUGUUCCUGGUACAAGGGAGUACAUGGCACUCAUGGGGAUAACUGAGCUCAAGGUUGCAAUGACAUGUUGUUGUCACAGGGAGAGGGACUGGAAGACGAGGGAGAGAGAAAUACCUCAGUAUAAAAUACAGUGGUACCUCGGGUUACAGACGCUUCAGGUUACAGACGCUUCAGGUUACAGACUCCGCUAACCCAGAAAUAGUACCUUGGGUUAAGAACUUUGCUUCAGGGUGAGAACAGAAAUCGUGUGGCUGAGGUGCAGCAGCAGCAGCAGCAGGAGGCCCCAUUAGCUAAAGUGGUACCUCAGGUUAAAAACAGUUUCAGGUUAAGAACGGACCUCUGGAACGAAUUACGUUCUUAACCCGAGGUACCACUGUACAGAAGUCCAGCUCAACUGAUAUGUAAAAUCUAAAAAUCCUUAGUUUAGUCAUAUUAUUGCUGAAGAAAAUGCAUGUAAGAACAAACCCUGUGUGACUUGAAUCAGUCAUUGAAUGUGUGACAUGACUAAGCCACAAGCAGAGGUUUCUUCUGCCUAAUUAACUGUGGUUUUCUUUUCUCCAUCCAGGCACAGCUUAUAAACUUGUGUGCUACUUCACCAACUGGUCUCAGUAUAGGCCAAGCCCUAUGACGUAUUUCCCGGAAAAUGUCGACCCACAGCUUUGCACCCACUUGUGUUAUGCCUUUGUUACUAUGAAAAACAACGAGAUAGCACCUUAUGAAUGGAAUGAUGAAGAACUCUUCCCUCGGAUCCAAGCAUUGAAAGAGAGGUCAGAAUUAUGAAGUUGUGUUAAGGUAGCUUAUCUGAAUCCUGCUUAUAAAUACAGGGUGAUAAACAAUGAUAGAGAAGACCAGUUGAGUGAUAUCCAAUGAAGUAGUUUCAAUAGUGCUAGGCCUCUGGCUGCUCCUCCCUCUCUUUUCCCCACAUGCCCCUUGCUCCCUCCCCAUAUCAGUUCUGGAGAGUUGGGGGAACCUACAGAACACAUUUGAGGCAUGCAUGGGCAAAGGAGAGGGUGUGGAAGUUCCAAAGUGCAGCCAGAAAUUCAUGUGCUAAUAGAACUACCUUGCUGGAAGCCACUCAUUUAAAUCAAUGGGCAUAAAUAAAGUCCAUUGAUGUCACACUGUAAUGACUUAGCUGGAUAUUACCCAUACUUUCCAACAGCUAUAAAUACAGAAUAAACUAUCAGCACAGCACCAGUACAGACACAUAUCUCCUUGUGCCUGCAUCUGUGGCACAGAAGAAUUUGGUUGCUGUUGAUUCUUGUCUCUGAAGGUAGUGGCAGAGUAAAUUUUGGAUUUCUUUCACUACUUCACUCUAUAAUUCUGUUGUUCACAUGUUGCAUGCAACUCAUUUUGGUAGAAGAGGAAUCUGCUGUUGUGCCUGCAUUCAUGGGAGUGACAUAAUGUGUCAAACAAGGGUGAGAUCUCAUGGAUUCCUUCUGGUUUCAGAUAUUGGGUCAUCAGUGCUGCAUUGCACAUGCUGCAUAAUUCCAUUGUAUGGCAAAGGGUGAUGUGAGCAAGUGGCUACCAGUGUCAGUGUGGCUGCACAGCCAGAUUUUAUAGUUCAAAGGUGCAGUGCAAACACUGUCAUUUUUCUUUAUCAUUGAAGAAAAUCAUGUUGAGGGAGGGGUGUUUAAAAGCAGCAAAAUAAUUGUGCUGUUUGUACUGUGUCUGCCUUUUCUCACAGGAAUUCAGAACUGGUGACACUGCUCUCAAUUGGAGGAUGGAACUUCGGCACUGAAUUGUGAGUCUUUUCCUAUUCAUUUUAUGCUGGCGCCACUGAUGGUGAGAAGGUUUCUGAUAACACCAUACAUAGCCUGAUUCCACUUCAUGGGACAUUAUGCCUUGUUCUGCUAGGUUCAUUGAAUUCUGAUGAAAUAUGUAACCCUACUUAUGGUAGGUUUUAAAAAAAUAAUACUCUGCAGUUUUCCAGUGAUCAUGCCCAAAGGAAUGAUUGUGAGGCUGGUUGCUGGAAGGUGUUAAUUGCUCAACACCAAUUCUUGUCACAAUGCCUAUAUUAUUUAUUGGUGUACUGUUGUGGAGAGGCCCUCUGUACAUGGUCAAAGACUUUUGUCAGCAUCUAAUAAACAAACCAUUUUUUAUGCACACAAGGUAAAACUUUGCAGAUCCUGUCUCCUGCUAAUCUGCAUUGAGUAAAGCCAAGCUGAUUUGCAUUGCACUGAAGUGUGAUAUUAUUUCAAAGAUCAGAAACGCUCUUUGUCAAGAUUUAUAAUUUGUAUUCAACAGAGAAAUAAGCAUUAAUGUAAUAAGGCAUGAUAAUGAGUACAGUGAUGAUGGCAAAAAUGGGUUUUGGAAAAUAUUGAAAUGUUGUGGUUCAGCAUGAUUAUGUUCAGCACAUGCUCCAGCUCAUAUGAAGCACUUCUAAGUCCCAGAUAUUUGUGAACAAAGAAUUAAUGAAGAGUGCUUAACUCUGCUGUGUUAUGCCCUAAAGUUUGUUUUUGUCUGCACUAGCAGAAAAAAAGAAAUCCUAUUUAAGAGUGGACUUCUCCACAGGUUCACCAUCAUGGUUUCUACAGCUGCAAACCGCAAGACCUUCAUAAAUUCAGUGAUUGCAUACCUCCGUAAAUAUGGUUUUGAUGGAAUUGACCUAGACUUUGAAUACCCAGGCUCUAGGGGAAGCCCUUCUGAAGACAAGCAACGCUUUACCACCCUGGUUCAGGUAGGAAAGUCACCUGAAUACACCAGUUGCAAAUAUUCUUGACAAUUUUACCUGCUUUACUCAAGACAUUAAUAAAUUCAUUUAUUCUGUUGAAUAAGCAUUGCUCACCAUUCUUGUAUCAUAGGAAAUGCGGGAUGCCUUUACACAGGAAGCUGCAAGAAGCGGGGCGUCUAGUCUACUGAUCACAGCGGCAGUGUCUGCUGGUGUGGAAACGAUUGAUGCUGGAUAUGAAAUUGCUAAGCUAGGGCAGUAAGUAGAAUUCUCAAGAUACCAUGGGUCUAGUUCAAUGUGAUCUUGCACAGUUAUUGUAUGCAGAAAGUACACCCUCUCCUUUUAUAAAUACAGGAACAGGUUGAAAUCAUAAUGGCCAUCUUUCCUAAAUACAACAUAUUUAUUAUGAGUAUCAGUAAAACAAAAGGCACAAUAAAUGCACCCUUUGUAAAAACACACAUUACUAGGGUCGGUUUUUGACACUGCACAUGAGCUCCUCAAAUUUACCAGGACUGACAAUUCUCUUGAAAUGAAUGGGAUUUCCAAACCAGUCUUUUUAAGAUCAGGGUUUUAAUAACCCUUGUAAAAGAUCCUGGGUGAUUCAUUAGGUGUGGAUGAGUGUUGGGCUGUUGCUGUUAGGAUUGCAGUGGCUCCUCAAAGUCUGAGAGAUUGCUGAGAUGGAUGUAUUAAUGGAUAAAGGAAGAAUAAAUUUUAACUGAUUUACAAGAGUAAUGGACACUUUUUAUUCAGAACGCAGUCUAUAUUGUAACCAUGUAACAAUGCAAAAACAUGUUUUGGCAAUUGCUUUUCUUAACAAAAAUAAUAGUAGACAAAAGUAAUUAAAAACGGGAGUAGGAUGGUUUGUGCUCCCCCCUCACUCAUAGCCAUAGGUUGUAUCCAGUUGUGACCCUUUGCUGAUGGAAGGCUCUUGGGCCUACUACAAGUUUCUGUUGAUGGAAAAAAGGAAGACAAUUUUUCCAGAUUUUCUCUUCUCUCUGCACUUCCCUCAGAUCUGCUCAAAUGGGUUGGUAGAUCUUUUGGAACAACAUAGUAGGCUGUGUGAGGGGAAAGAGGGAAUUCACAAACCCUUUCCAGUCAAGUGACACCCCCCCUCGCAUUGAAUCAGAGAACCUUCUGUCAGCCAGGUUGGACUUCUGAUCCAUAGGACUGAACUGCAUAUUUUCCAUAUCUUACAAGGGCAAGGGGAAGUCUAUGUAUAUGGGAGUCAGAUUCAGUAAGUGCAAAAUGAUGCUCCAUUUGACUGGUGGCAUUUUAGUUCAUUUCCCCACAAGAGCAAACCGCAAUGACACAGUGGUUGAAUUCAGUGCUUGGUGAGCCACCGCUUACUAACGGAUGAUUACUGAUUUGCAUCAGACUCAUGGAUUUCAUCAGCGUGAUGACGUAUGACUUCCACGGUGACUGGGAUAGUACCACUGGAUGCAACAGCCCCCUGUACUCAGGUUCUGACUGGUGUGACGUCGAUUAUUUCAACUGCGUGAGUAAAGAUCCCUUGACGCCCCUUUCUUAUCUAUCUAGUAAGAUUAAAAUAUAUUGUAAAAGAUGCACCUCUUUGUGUUUUGGCAGGCGUAUGCGAUGGAGUAUUGGAGGGACCAAGGGGCCCCGGCUGAGAAACUCCUCAUGGGAUUCCCCACCUAUGGGCGUUCUUUCACGCUCAGUAAUAGUGGCAGCACAGGUCUCUGUGCUUCAGUCUCUGGUGCUGGCCCCCCAGGGCCGUAUACAGAGAAGGCUGGAUAUUGGGCUUACUUUGAGGUAUGAAACCUGAGAACAUGACGCUUCGUAAUAAUGAAUUUUAUAAUUACACAUAUAAAAGGUUGAGGUUUGUUGCUGUUACUGAGAAUAUUUACUGUUGCUGUUACUGUGAUGCAGUUCAUACUUGCAUUGGGGGGAAAAGGUCCACAAACCUCCUUCGUCCUUUCAUGAGAUACCAGAAGAGUUGAAAGACAAACUUACUUGCCCACCAUCGUUUCUGCAUUACAGUCGUGCCUUGGAAGUCGAAUGGAAACCGUUCCGGAAGUCUGUUCGACUUCCAAAAUGUUCAGAAACCAAAGUGCGGCUUCUGAUUGGCUGUAGGAAGCUCCUGCAGCCAAUCAGAAGCUGUGGAAGCCCCAUUGGACGUUCGGCUUCCAAAAGAACGUUUGAAAACCAGAACACUCACUUCUGGGUUUUGAUUGUUUGGGAGCCGAUUUGUCCAGGAGCCAAGGCGUUUGAGAUCCAAGGUACGACUGUACAUGUCAAGUCCUCAGUGAGUCUAAAUCAAGCUGCCUAAUUUUCAGCCAGGCAUUGUUCAGUUAUGUGGAUAGCUACCUAUCAGGGAUGCUAAAGUAUUGGAUUUCCUGUAUCAGCAGGAGCUUAGACUAGAUGGCCUUUGACUCAAAGCAAAAAAGCAAUAGCUUAUUUGUUUCAAGGCAAGUCUGGAUAAUCUCAUUAAUUUCCUGUUUUUGAUAGGUGUGCGCUUUCCUAAAGGAUGCUGAAGUACGAUGGCUGGAGGAUCAAAAAGUCCCAUAUGCCUACAAGGGGAAUGUAUGGGUUACAUAUGAUGAUAUUUGUAGUUAUAGACACAAAGUAAGUCUUUUUGUUUGUUUUAAAACUUUAUUUACUAAUUCUAUCUCUAAAAUAUUUAUUUCUGAUGUUGAGACAUACAUGAUUACACUUGUUACUGAAGGGAGAAUGAUUGAACUUUACCCUCUUUUUCCUUGCCAUACAAUUUUAUAAAUGUCUAACAUGUCUCCCUGUUGUUAAAUUAACUGCAGGGAGAGCAGUAAGUUAAACAUUUGUACCAUUGUAUGGUAGUUGGAGGAGAUUUUUGUCUGGUCCAUACUUUAAAUGAACCAAACCAAUUUGUACUGCCUGGACUAAAGCCAGACCAGAACAUAAUUAUCCCUCAGAUUCCACACUUCUCCAAAUGUUGUGAUAAACUUCUUGGCUCAAAUAACAUAUUUGGAUGCAUGAAAAAAAAAGUAUUUUAAGAUAGAAAUGAGUUUAAGUUUUUAAAUCCAUAUUUUGUGAUAAAAUACAUAUUUAGAUACAAAUGUUCAUACGGACUUGUUGUAUGCAGAUAUAUCACAGAUUAAUGUGGAAAUGGGAUGGAAUAAACUUGAAUGAACACAUGCACAAUUGAUACAGAAUGAUUUCUCUAUCCUCACCCUUAAUCUUAUCUUUUCUAAAUUUAGAAGCCCCUAAACCCUGGAAGGUCUAAUGGGUGGGUCAAAGACAGUUCUUUUUAAUGAAUUAAUUCUAUGGAGGGUAAUGAUAUACUAACUGUUAUAUCAUCUAUUUCUGUCUACCUUUUUUGGGUGAUUCCAUUGCAUCUGUUUACACUUGAUGGCAAAUCAGAAUAUAUAGUCAGUUUUUACAUUUCUUAAAAUUGUAGGCCAAAUAUCUGAAAGAGCAUAAGUUUGGAGGCGCCAUGGUUUGGGCCAUAGACUUGGAUGACUUCCGUGGUACUGAAUGUAAUCAGGGAAUAAAUCCUUUAAUAACUGAGCUGAAGCGAUUGCUUGAAACAAAUGGUAAGAGAGUGUGAUGGAGGGCAACUUUUUCAUCUUCUCUAGUAUUGAGAUGGGAAUGAAAAGUGCAUAACAUAUUCUGAGCAAGCCUGAAUUGUUGGUGUCCCUCUUGCUGGCCUUUCCCAAUAGUUACAAUAAUGACAACCUAGGCGACUGUGUUGGAGCAGAAGUGCCUCUAUAUUAUUACUUGGCUGGUUUGGUGCUUGAGAAGCCUUCUCUUUCACCCACACCAGGGGUUCUCAAAAUUUCUAGCUCACUCAAGAAGGCUGGGAACUAUGGCCACAUGCAUUGUAAAUGUGCAUUCACAAAAGGAUGGUGCCGAGGCAGAGCCAGUCACAAAUGGUGGAGGAUGGAGACAGAGUUUGACAUAAUCAGUUGGCAAUUACCGACAUCAUAUUCUGUUGAUAUCUAAUUCCUCUUCAGAAAUGGUUCCUUCUUUUCUUCUCCCUCAGCCCAUCUGUCCCUUUUGCCUCCCUCCUUCCCAUUUUCUCUUUUCCUUCCCUCAGACUUGGCUAGCCACUCUGCCCAUUUCCUUUAUUCUAUUCUCUUCCUUCCCCCUGCCUCCAUCUUAGCAUGUUAAAGCCUUGUUCUCUAACCAGCUCCUGCACACACAUACACCUCUGCACUGCACAUGUUGGGGUCAGUUGCUGUUGGUCCAACCAAAAGCCUAUGGUACAUCCAGGAAAUGGGCAGUGGUGCUGAGGCCCAUUACUGGUUCUUAGCCUACAGUUUGACCAGCUUGAUAUAUCUGAAAACUCUGAUAUCUGAGAGAGAGCUAUCAUUUCCUUGACUUGGGGAAUGGACUUUGGUAGGGAACUGAAAGACUCUGUAGUCUUCUCCCUCAGUUGCAUCCACCAUGCUCAUGCAGUGGAACUGAGGGAGAUGAGGAGAACAGGGAAAGAGAAAAGUGUCUCUGUGUGUAUAAAUGAGAAUAUCACAACUGUUAACACUAGCUGUUCAAUUUUGUUUCAGAUCCCAUUGUGCCAAACUGCCCUCUGGUUGAUCCUCCAAGUACACCUACGGUUGAUCCUUCAGUUACACCCACAGUUGAUCCUGUCGUCACGACGCCAGGGGAUUCAGGAGAUGAAACUUUUUGUGUUGGGAAAGUUGAUGGCAUCCAUGCAGACCCCAAAGACAAGUCAAAAUUCUACAUUUGUGCGGGAAACCGGACUUUUCAAUUUAAUUGUGCAGCUGGCCUGGUCUUCAAAGACAGCUGCAAAUGCUGUGACUACCCAUAA